AUGGAAUAAGGAUCAUCGAAUUUGAAGUAACAUAUCAGAUAAACUUUGAGUACAUAAUAUAUGAUUUUAAAUUAGAAAAUAGGAUGUUAAUCGUAAUAGUACUGAUGUUUUUCAUUUAAAGUUCAUAAACUUAAACCCUUGUUUAUCAAAAUUUUUUUGGAAGCCUGACAAAUAUGAUGAUCGGUAUUAAUUCAAUAAUAUUUAGAUUGGGAGAUCUAACAAAACGAUGGACAUACUGUUUAGUUAACAUCAUGUGGGACUAAAAAUAUUUUAAAAAUAUCGGAAUGUUCUGUAUAUAUAUAUAAUACAGUGAUUGUUAAAUCAUUUCAACUUAGAAGUCAUAAUUAAAUUGUAAUCUAAUUCUUAUUUUGGAGGUAUUAUCAAAUAUAAUAAUAGGUUUAAUUUUAACAAUAAAGAUUUUAUUAUAGAAAUUGAUAAAUAAAUAGUUCAUUCAUAAAUAUAUAGAAAUUCUCCAACUUCAUUGUGUUCUAGUAGUGUCAAUAAUAACGACAUUAUUUAAAUCUCAAUUACUGUUUAACAUGUUAAUUCUUUAGCAGUUGUUAAAUUGAAAUCAGAUUGGGGUGGUUGGGGACUGUCUAAUUUUCAGUUAUUUAUUGAUUAUAUUGAGACUCUUUAUGAAGGAUGUUUUUCUUAAAACUAAGUAUUUGUAAAAGGGUGCAGUUAUUGUGUUAAGGGAGAAUGUAUAGAAUGUUAAGAGGGAUGGGAAUAUAAUAUUAUUUAAAAAGAAUGCAAUACUAUAUGUGGAGACUAAAAGAUUGUAUAUGAUGAAGAAUGUGAGGAUGAUAAUUUAAAACCAUUUGAUGGCUGUUAUUUAUGUAAAUUUUCAUGUCCUUAAAAUUGUUUUAAUUGUUAAUUUGGUGUAUGUUUAAAGUGUUAAGGGGGUUAUAAAUGGAAUAGUAUUUAAAAUUAAUGUGUAAGUAUUUGUAAUGAUAAUUGGUAAUAAAUAGAGAAUGAACAAUGUGAUGAUGGUAAUAAUAUUUAAUUUGAUGGAUGUUAUAAAUGUUAAUUAACUUGUUAAAUUGAAUGUUAAUUUUGUCAAUAAGGUACUUGUAUUAUUUGUAUUGAUGGAUGGCAUCUAAUUGAUAAUAAAUGUGUAUAGAUUUGUGGAGAUUCAAUGAUAGCACUUAUUUCUAAUGAGAACUGUGAUGAUGGUAAUAAUAUUUAAGAUGAUGGUUGUUUUGAUUGUCAAUAUGAAUGUUCAUCAGGAUGUCUUUCAUGUUAUAAUAAAUCUUUUUGUAUUAAAUGCUAAACUAAUUUUGAAAUUAUUAAUUAUUAAUGUUAACCAAUUUGUGGUGAUCGAAUAGUAAUUUAUGAAUAGGAAGAUUGUGAUGAUGGAAAUGAUAUUCCAUAUGAUGGUUGUUAUAAUUGUUAAUUUCAAUGUUAAUAAGUUUGUUAUCUUUGCGAAUAUGGUAUUUGUUUAUUACCUUGUUCAGAAGAUAAAUAAUAUAUUGAUGGAUAAUGUAUUAUACCAAAUAAUGAUUCUGAAGAAUUAUCAAUAGUAGAUACAUGUUUAUAUUAAGGAUGUCUAAAAUGUUCAUUAAAUCUAUGUAUCAUAUGUGAAUCAGGUUAUAUCUUAGAAAAUGGCAUUUGCUUAAUGUGUGGUAAUGGAAUUAGGUAAGAUGAUGAACAAUGUGAUGAUGGCAAUAACUUAAAUUAAGAUGGAUGUUCUAAUUUAUGUAUCAUUGAAAAUCAAUGGAAUUGCACUGAAAAUGUUAACUUUUUUAGUUAAUGUUUUAGAAUCACAACUCCAUCUGUUACUUAUCUAAAUUAAACUUUUAAUUAUUAAUAUGUUACUUUAACUUAUACAAAUUAAGUUAAAUUAGAUUUAUCAACAUUUAUCUUCUUAGAUCAAAAUUCAUUCUCUAUUGAAAAUUUAAACCCAAAUUAAUAUCAAAUUAUUCUCAUUCCAUUAAUUGAAAUUGAUUAGAAUUAACUUAAGAAUAUUAGUUAUGAGCUUUCAAUCGAUAUUUAUUAACCAACCGAUUUCAACCCAAGGUUAAAAUUAAUAUUUAAUGCAUUGUUAUGGGAUUAAAAUGACUUACCUGUCUAUCCGAGUGAAUAAUUUAUCACACUUAAAGUUCCUAAAAUCUUAUCCGAGGUUUAAAUAGAAACUGCUAAUAAUUUUUAAACUCUUAAUUAUGGAAUUAUGAUGAGCCUAAUGAUCUUAAGUAUUUUAAUGAUCUUAUGCAGGGAGUUUGAAAUAUUUCAAGAAAUCUUGGACAUUUUAUAAUUUUAAUCGUUUUUAAAAUAUAUAAAUGUUAAUUAUCCAUAAAAUCUUUUUAUUUACUUUGAAUCAUCAGACUUUGUAUAAAUUACACCUCUCUUAAUAUAAUCAAACUUUGGAAAUAUCUUAGGAUAAUUUAUUCCACAAAUUUAAGUUUAAACUUCUGGAAAAUUUUAAUAAUACUAAGUUAAUGCAGACCUAUUAACAAAUUUAUAUUGUUAAUUUGCUUAAAUUAUACUAGCUUUAUUUGCUUUUAUUUUUGCACAUUAAUUUGUUAAAUUAGUUUAUUAAUAUUGUUUCACAUAAAAAUUUUUAAAUUCUAUUGACUAAUUAAAAUCAAAUUUUUAAAAAAAAAUUUACAUAUGGAUCUAUUAUAAAAUUUAAUUAGUAUAAGAAUUCCAAAAGAUUCUGACAAUCUAAGGUAUAACCUAAUUUAUCUAAGCAAAUAGUUGGGAUUUGCUCUUUAAAGUAUUUUUAUUUUUGCACUCCUCUCAAUAAUAAGGUUUACGUCAAAAUUUAUCUAUAGUUAUCUGUUUUAUAAUUUUACUUAUAACUGCCAAAAUUAUGAUUAAUACAUUUAGAGGAUAAUUUAAAAAGAUAAAUAUUUACUAACUAAAAAAUUCAUAGCUUGAAACACUUAUUUUAUUUAAAAAGACUAUGUUUCUUAUUAUUUUAAUUGCUAUUUAGGUCUAACCUAUUGUGCAAUGUAUCUUAUUGUCAUUUAUCUUAUUCAUUUAUGUUGGUUUUCUUCUUACAAAUUACAAAUUAGAUUUUGAUUUAAUAUUGAAAACAUGGACUGAAAUCCCUGUAAUCUUAUUUACAUUAAUUAACUUGUCAUUUUGUGAUGACUUUGAGAAGUUUAUUACCCCAUCAAAAUAAAUCUUAUUAGGUUUCUUUCAGAUUUGUUUAUUAAUCUUAAGUUUAUUUGCACCUAUAAUCAAACUCAGUCUAAAAUUUUAUCAAAAAUUAAGAAUAUCUAGAAAACAAAGAGAAAAACAAUAAAUGAUGAAAACUGCCAAAAUUUUUGAAAUUUUGAAAUGGUGA